CACCCGCAGGCAUCAUCGACAGCACCAUCGGGGAGCAGCGGCAGGUCGUGGCCGUGACCGGGGACGGCACCAAUGACGGGCCGGCGCUCAAGAAGGCCGACGUCGGCUUUGCUAUGGGCAUCGCGGGCACCGACGUCGCCAAGGAGGCCUCGGACAUCAUCCUGACCGACGACAACUUCUCCAGCAUCGUCAAGGCGGUGAUGUGGGGCCGGAACGUGUACGACAGCAUCUCCAAGUUCCUGCAGUUCCAGCUCACCGUCAACGUGGUGGCCGUGGUGGUGGCCUUCACCGGCGCCUGCAUCACCCAGGACUCCCCGCUCAAGGCGGUGCAGAUGCUCUGGGUCAAUCUCAUCAUGGACACGUUCGCCUCCCUGGCGCUGGCCACGGAGCCGCCCACCGAGUCGCUGCUGCUGCGCAAACCCUACGGGCGCAACAAGCCCCUCAUCUCCCGCACCAUGAUGAAAAGCAUCCUGGGCCACAGCGUCUACCAGCUGAGCAUCAUCUUCAGCCUGCUCUUCGCGGGGGAGAUGAUCUUCGACAUCGACAGCGGGCGGAACGCCCCCCUGCACGCGCCCCCGUCGGAGCAUUACACCAUCAUCUUCAACACCUUCGUCCUGAUGCAGCUUUUCAACGAGGUCAACGCCCGCAAGAUCCACGGCGAGCGGAACGUCUUCCAGGGCGUCUUCGGGAACCCCAUCUUCUGCGCCAUCGUCCUGGGCACCUUCGGCAUCCAGAUCGUCAUCGUGCAGUUCGGGGGGAAGCCGUUCAGCUGCUCGCCCCUCAACGCCGAGCAAUGGCUCUGGUGCCUCUUCGUGGGCGUCGGCGAGCUCGUGUGGGGACAGGUGAUCGCCACCGUCCCCACCAGCCACCUGAAAUGCCUGAAGGAGGCAGGGCACGGUCCCAGCAAGGACGAGAUCACGGACGAGGAGAUGGCGGAGGACGAGGAGGAGAUAGACCACGCCGAGCGGGAGCUGCGCCGAGGCCAGAUCCUCUGGUUCCGCGGCCUCAACCGCAUCCAGACCCAGAUGGAAGUAGUUAGCACCUUCAAGAGAAGCGGCUCCUUUCAGGGGGCCGUGCGGCGCCGCUCCUCGGUCCUCAGCCAGCUGCACGAAGUAACCAAUCUUUCUACCCCUACUCACGUAAUUCUCUCCGCUGGCAAUCCCACUUCUGCCACCAUCGGGAAUCCGCGUGGUGAAGGCGUUCCGUAGCUCGCUCUACGAGGGCCUGGAGAAGCCGGACUCCAAGACCUCGAUCCACCAGUUCAUGGCCCCCCCGGAGUUCCUGCUCAACGACUACACCCACAACAUCCCCCUGAUCGACGACACCGACGUGGAGGAGAGCGAGGCCGCCCGCCGGCCCCCCCCCAACACCAACAACAACGCCAGCCACCGCGCCGAGGGCUCCAAGCCGGCUCCCUGCGCCAGCCCGCUGCACAGCAUGGAGACCUCCCUCUGACGCCGCGGGCCGGGGCGGCCAGUCCACCGGCUCCUUCGGCCGCGCCGCGCUGGGGCUGGGAGCCACCCCCGUUUCUGUGGGGAGCCCCACGCCCAGCCCAGGCCUGCGCCCCGGGGCCCGCAGACUCCUUGUGGGGCCAGCGCCGGCCGGGAAGGACCCGCCGCAGGCGGGGCGAGGGCCCAGUUACCGCUCCAGAGCCUCACUCUAUACCAUACCGACGGCCUGUCUCCCGGCGCAUGCCGGCCCCCAUCCAGCACCCCCGGGCCCAUGGCAGCCCAGGCGCUGGGCAUCGGGCGGGGCGGGUUCUUCGGCUGCUUUUUAGUCGUCGGGCGCUGGAGCCGCUGUGUAACAAGGGCCUGGGGAUCGGGGCCUGUCCCACCGGACCCUGCCCGGCCCCCCAACCACGAGCAGGGCCCCCGCUGUGCUGCGUCGCCCCCCCCCGAGCCAGAUGGGAGACGCCCGUCCCGCCGGGUGCUGCGCAGAUACAGGGUGAGAGGCAGCCCCCCCCACCCCCAAGUACUGCUGGGGAGGGGACGCUACAGCGUGGGAGGGGCAUCCG